AGUUUUGAAUCGUCUGACUCAAAGAAUAAAAAAAAAUGCAUUUCACCACAUUGGUUGUCCUACUAUUUUUGUUUAUAGCUGCCAUUGAUUCAACUCAAGAUGAAGAAAUGCUGCUGAAAUUAGUCAAAAUGCUGAUGUGUGAUGAAGAAUUUGCAGAAAUAAGAGAAGCAAUGGAGGAAUGUUCAAAAGAUCAGGAUUAUUCAAUUGAUUUAGAAAUAUACAAGAUUUGUGGUGUUGAAUUAUCUUCUUCAGAUAUGGCAGGGAUUGGUAAUUACUACUGCAUCACUUCAAUAGAAGAAAUAAUACGAGACAGUAAGUGUUUUGCCAAAAAUAUAAAAGAAAUGGGAAAGGAAGAAGAAUUGAAACAGAGAUCAAAACCAGUUGAGGAAUGUAUGAAAGCUACUCUUGAGCAAAAGAAGAGGAAAUAAGUUUCUUUGAAAUAAGCAACCUUGCAGUAAAAAGUUGUUAAAAAAUGUAUUUCUUUCCCUGAAAAUUUUACAAAAUGUAUAUACAUAUUCAAUAAACAA